AUGGCUCUUAAAAAGUUGGUUUCAUUCCAAGUCGAUUAUGCUCCGCAAUACCAUCUUACCAAGUUCAUAUCUCCAAGAACAAAGCUGCAAUUAGUGCACAUUAACAACACGUCGUCUCCUCUGGUACAAGGAUAUUUUGCCGUAGCUACAGAGUGCGCUACUGACUCUGGUGUCCCACAUACACUAGAGCACCUUGUGUUUAUGGGAUCUGAACAACAUCCUUAUAAGGGCCUAUUGGACACUGCAGGAAAUCUGUGUAUGUCUUUGACAAACGCUUGGACUGCUACAGACCAAACUGUCUAUACAUUAACCUCUGCUGGUUGGAAAGGUUUUCAGAAAUUGCUACCAGUGUACUUGGAUCACAUUUUAAAUCCAACUAUCACCGAUGAAGCUUGUAUGACCGAAGUUUACCAUUUCGAUCCGAACGACAUGCAAGAGAAAGGCGUGGUUUUCAGUGAAAUGGAAGGUAUCGAGUCUCAAAGUUGGUUCAUCACAAUGCUCGAGAAACAGCGUCAAUUGUUUCCAGAAGGUAGUGGUUAUAGGUCUGAAACGGGCGGACUGACGCCUCAGCUUCGCGAUUUAACCAACAAAGAAAUUAGAGAGUUCCAUAGGGACAUGUACUCACCUGAUAAUCUAUGCUUGAUUAUCUCGGGUAAUGUGCCUGAAGAUGAGCUUGUCAAACUUGUCGAAGAGUUCGAUGCCACUUUGCCUGCAGCCCGGGAAGAACGUAAACGUCCGUUCCUAAACAGCGAAAACUCGCAAAUUCCGGCUACAAGAUCCGAGAUCUCCGAGAGUCUGAUUGAAUUCCCUGAAACGGAUGAAACUCAAGGUGAGGUUUUGUUAUCGUGGAUUGGACCAUUCUAUGAAUCCCACACCGAGAACCUCGCAGUUUCACUCAUCAUGGAUUAUUUUACUGAGACGUCACUGGCGCCUUUCAAUAAAGAGCUCAUCGAAGUCAAAGAACCUUGCUCUAAUUUCACCGAAAACUGGACCGACGACUACAUGCGGACUAUACUCAACUUGAACUUCCAUGGUGUCCCCGCGGAUAAACUCCAGGCUACAAGAACCAAGAUUUUGAAUAUUUUGCAGACCCAUAAGAUUGAUUUACAGAGAAUGAAGCAAGUCCUGGAAAAUGAGAAAUGGGAAUAUAUCUUGAAAUGUGAGAAAAUGGGUGCCACCACUCUGGGUCAAAUCUGCAUUACUGAUUUUCUAUAUGGUCCCGAAGAUGGGCGUAUACUAGAAUCCUCGCUUGCUACGCUUGCCGAUUAUGACCUACUUAGCCAGUGGUCCCAAGCUCAAUGGCAAGACCUAUUGCAAGUAACGUUUCUGGACAACAAGCCCGUCAUUGUGCUUGGUAAGCCAAGUGCCGAAAUGUAUACCCAGAUGGAUAAGGACAAGGCGGAAAGAAUCAAGGACAUAGACGAAAAGCUUGGCUCUCAAGGUAAAGAACAAAUCAAGCAAAAACUCAAAGAGGCAGUGGAGCAUAAUUCAACACCAAUACCGAAUGACCUUCUAAAUGAAUUUGCUAUUGAAAACCUUCAGGAUAGCGUUAAAUUCAUUGAAACUAAGGGUGCAUCGAGCUUUGAAUCAAGGUUCAAUGAUCAAAAUGAUGGUUUUGCCCGAAAGGUGAGGAAUUCAAGACCUGAAAAUUUCCCGUUUGCCAUUCAUUUUGAACAAUUGCCAUCCAAGUUCAUUGAAUUGAGAGUAUUGCUAAAUACUGCUAAUUUGACUGAUAUUAAGCUUUUGCCAUUAUAUCACGUUUUAUGCGAACUGUUUUCCAUGCCCAUGAAGAACGAGGAUGGAUCCAUAGUCAAAUUUGAUGAUGUGAUUGCAACUUUAAAGGAGGAGACUGUCGAUUCCCAGAUUGGUCUUGGUAUGGCAUCAGACUUCCCCGAUCUUAUUGAAUUUAAAAUAAGUUGCAGGAAUUCUCAGUAUCAAGACGCCGUGAAGUGGAUUAAGCACUGCUUGUAUGAUAUGAUUUUCGACAAAGAAAGAGUAGAGGUCUUACUGGAAAAAUAUCUGAGCUCAAUCGUCGAACUCAAGCGUGAAGGCGAUAUAAUGAUGAGCUCGAUCAUGGACAGAAACUUCUUUUCCAGCAAAUCUAUGAAGAAGUCCGCAGAUGCCUUGUUCGCCCAAGCUUUCUUGGAAGAUAUCAUGGAAAGAAUUAAGAAUGGAGAUUAUGAAUCCACAGUUCUGCCUAUGUUCGAAACCGUAAGAGAACAACUGAGAAAUGAUUUCAAGACUUUCCAUGUAUUGAUAUUUGGUGAUGUGAACAAGUUAGAAGAUCUGUAUGGUCCUUGGCAAAUCUUUGCAAGCACGCCCGAAUAUUCUACAUCAGGCAAUGCGCUAGAAGUUCCUGCUGUACCACGCCUGAUAAAUUCUCUGUCCAAACUUGGACAGCAUCCGGGGAAAGCGGCCUACCUAAUAACAACACCAGCAUCCGAGUCUAGCUACAUGACUGUAGUAGCAAAGACUCACAUUGGUUUGACCUAUGAUCAUCCAGACAUUCCCGCUAUCACGCUAGCUGCUCAAUAUCUUGAAUGCGUUGAAGGUCCCUUUUGGAAAGGAAUUCGGGGAGCAGGUAUGGCUUACGGUGCAAGCAUGCUACGUUUAGCCGAAUGUGAUGUGCUUGAGUUCGUCGUUUACAGAGCAGCAGACGUAAUUGGUGGCUUCAAUACAGCGAGAGAAAUCGUUAAUGCCUUAGCCACGGGCCAAACCGAAUUCGAAACCCAUUUGAUGAAAGGCGCUAUGAGCAGUGUAAUCAAUUCGAUUGCUACUUCUGAACCAGACUAUUUCUCCAGUGCGCUCACGAGAUAUGUGGACGAUUUCUGUAAGCAGAGGGGUCCCAAAUACAACCACACUUUAAUUAAAAGACUGAACACAGUCUCUGCAAAGGAUCUACAAAGAGUGAUGAAAGAUUACUUCGUCCCUCUUUUCAUUUCCGCGUCUAGUGCAGUAUUUAUGAGCUGCCAUCCUAGCAAAGCCGAUGCAGUGACGCAGUUUCUGGAAAAGGAAGGGUAUAAUGUGAAGCUAGAGGAAUUAGAAGAGGACUCUGAAGACGAAGAAGAAGGAGGCUCUAGCGACGAAAGCGAAACGGACGAUGAAGCGGGCUCUGACGAUGCAAGCAAUACAGCGUCCGCGAAGUAA